AUGAUUAGAAGGCUCUUCACCACGAUGACUAAGAAAGCAAAGGCACAAGAAUUCAUUCUCAAGACUCCAAAAGGUACCAAGGAUUGGGCCGAUAAGGACAUGAUCAUAAGAGAGUCCAUUUUUGGGAAAUUGUCUACCCUUUUCCAGAAACAUGGAGGUGUCACUAUUGAUACGCCAGUUUUUGAAUUGAGAGAAAUCUUGACUGGUAAAUAUGGUGAGGAUUCCAAAUUGAUUUACAAUUUGGAAGAUCAAGGGGGUGAAUUGACUUCGUUGAGAUACGACUUGACGGUGCCCUUUGCAAGAUUUGUCGCCUGCAACAACUUGAGUAGUAUCAAGAGAUACCACAUUGCAAAGGUUUAUCGUAGAGAUCAACCAGCUAUGACCAAAGGUAGAAUGAGAGAGUUUUACCAAUGUGAUUUUGAUAUUGCUGGUACUUUUGACUUGAUGGUUCCAGAUUCGGAAAUUUUGAACAUCCUUUGCGAAGGGUUAGAUGAGUUGGAGAUUAAAGACUAUAAAGUCAAGUUGAACCAUCGUAAGAUAUUGGACGGUAUUUUCCAAGCUUGUGGGGUGCCGGAUGAGGAUGUCCGUAAGGUUUCGUCAGCAAUUGAUAAGCUAGACAAGUCGCCUUGGGAAGCGGUGAGGAAGGAAAUCUUGGAAAAGGGACAAAGUGAGGAGACUGCAGACAAAAUUUGGACUUUUGUUCAACACAGCGGAUCUAUUCGUCAGGUAAUUGAAAUUUUGAAGAAAAGUGGAAUUGAUAAUGCAACAGCGCAACAAGGUAUCCAAGAGAUGGAGGUGUUGGCUGAUUACGUUGAAGCUUUCGACAUUCAAGAUCGUUUGAGUUUCGAUUUGUCCUUGGCCAGGGGUUUGGAUUAUUAUACUGGACUCAUCUACGAAGCUGUUACAGCAGCUAGCGCACCACCAAAAAAUGCAAGCGAGUUGAAAAAAGAGGCCAAGAGUGAGGAUGAAGAUGCUUCGGCAUAUGUCGGGGUUGGUUCAAUUGCUGCAGGUGGUCGUUACGACAACUUAGUUGGUAUGUUUUCAAACAACAAGUCGAUCCCUUGUGUUGGUAUCUCCUUUGGUGUUGAGAGAUUAUUCUCCAUCAUUAAACAGAGAACAGAUUUGUCAAAGCUCAAUUCUCAACACACAGACGUCUAUGUAAUGGCAUUUGGUGGUGGUGACGGAUGGAAUGGAUUUUUAAAGGAGAGGAUGCAAGUUGCAAACCAAUUAUGGAAAGCAGGCAUCAACGCGGAGUUCUUGUACAAAGCUAAAGCCAAUACUCGUAAACAGUUUGAUGGAGCUGAGAAAUCGGGUGCCAAACUUGCAGUCAUAUUAGGUAAAGAGGAGUACCCUGAAGGUAAGGUUAGAGUCAAGAAGCUUGGCCAAGGUGAAGAGAAUGAAGGUGAUUUGAUUUCAGUUGACGAGAUGGUGUCGUUUGUAAAAUUACAACUUUGA